UUAAAGGAGUAGCCAAUAGCGAUGGCUGGUCAAAAAUUUCAAUAUGAUGAGAGUGGCGGAACAUUCUAUUAUUUCCUAUUAUCAUUUCUGGCACUCGUUCUGAUACCUACAACCAUAUAUUACUGGCCCCGGAAAAAGAAAGAAGAUCCCGAGAAGAUAAAGGAGGAAUGUCAAUGUCCCGAUUGUAUGAAGAAAAAAGCCAUUUUGGCCACAGCCGAACCAUACCGGGCGCUAAAAAAUCUGGCCAUACGUUUGUCGCUUGUUUUGGGAUGGGCUCUUCUAAUUUUCCUCGCAUAUCGUGUUUCCCAAUUUGACUAUGAAAUGGCAAGCUUUGAUCCAUUUGAAAUUUUGAAGGUAGAACCAACUGCCUCAAAGGCUGAAAUAAAGAAAGCAUACCACAAAUUAUCCUUGGUUCUGCAUCCGGAUAAGGAGACUGGUGAUGAAAAGGCUUUCAUGAUGCUGUCUAAAGCCUAUCAGGCAUUAACAGAUGAAGUUGCCAAAGUCAAUUAUGAAAAAUAUGGCAAUCCCGAUGGCCCUGGUGCUAUGUCAUUUGGUAUUGCUCUGCCCUCGUGGAUCGUUGAGAAGGAAAACUCAGUAUGGGUUUUAGGUCUAUACGGUUUGAUAUUUAUGGUAGCAUUACCCUCGGUUGUGGGUAUGUGGUGGUACCGUUCAAUUCGUUACUCGGGUGAUAAAGUUCUGUUGGAUACAACGCAGAUGUAUUUCUACUUUAUACACAAAACUCCACAUAUGUUGCUGAAGCGCGCCCUUAUGGUGUUGGCAGCCAGUUUGGAAUUUGACAAACGCCACAAUUCACAAGUUGUUGAACGUCAAUCGGAUAAUGAAGAAGUUCCGGCACUUAUCAGACAAUUACCCAAUUUAAAUGAAAAAUGCAAGGAACAUCCAUUGUGUCGUAUGUAUUCCAUUAAAACACGCGCCAUUCUACACGCCCAUCUAUCCCGUUUGCCGUUGAAUCCUGAAACGUUGGAAAAAGAUCGCCAAUUUAUUGUUAAGAAAUGCCCAUAUUUGGUACAAGAAAUGGUAUCCUGUGUCCAUCAAUUGGUAAUGUUGGCAUACGCUAGACGCGUACCACGUUUACCCAGUAUUGAAACGAUUGAAAACUGCAUGAAGAUGUCACCAAUGAUUAUACAAGCAUUAUGGGAAUUUAAAUCUCCCCUGCUGCAAUUGCCCCACAUCACCGAUGAUCAUUUGUAUUUUAUGAACAAGAAGAAGCAUAUUAAAAAUCUUCAACAAUUCGCACAAUUGGCCCCGGAGGAAAGUCGCCAACUAUUGAAGAGUUUAAGUGAUUUUGAAUACGAAAACGUUAUGAAAGUGUUGGGCAAGAUGCCUCUAAUUGAUUUUUCAAUACGCUGUGAAGUCAUUGACGACGAGAAUACCAAUGUGGUGACAGCUGGUGCUAUUGUAACCGUUACCGUCACACUGGUACGCAAAGAUAUGAAGACAUUAUUUGGUGAUUCCAAGGUUCCACAAAAGCAGGGCAUUAAGGAUGAUGAACAAGAACAGGCUGCUGGCGGUGAUGAAGAUGGUGAAGCUGUCAAUGCAGCACCUGUUAAAAAGGCCUCAGCAUGGGCUAAACCACGCAAGGGUAAAGGUGGCAAGGGAGGCAAAAAAUCCGCUGCCAAUCAGAAAAAGAAACAACCACCUCCAACUAAAGCUGCUGCUGCCGCCGCUGCUGAAACGCAACAACAAAAUGAUUCAGAGGCUGAUUCUGAUGCCGAUGCUAGCGAUGUCGAAGAGAAGGAAUCAAUUUCAGACAGCGAGGAAGAGAAUGAGAAACAAACUAAGAACAAUUCUUCCCUGGACGAUGACGACGACGAAGAGUGGGAAAGGUUACAGGCCAAAUUAAAUAAACGUGAAAAACUUGAAGGCAAAUCACGCAUAUCGCACACUGUUCACUGUCCCUACUUCCCCGAAGAGAAACAAGAAUAUUGGUGGACAUAUAUCUGUGAUCGUAAAUCACGUACACUUUUGACAGCACCCUAUCAUGUCACAAAUCUGGUUGAACGUGAGGAAAUUCAAUUGAAGUUCACAGCUCCACGUUGGCCAGGUGUCUAUACAUUUACAGUGUGUCUGCGUUCAGAUUCAUAUCUUGGCAUGGAUCAACAACAAGAGCUUAAAUUGGAUGUUAAAAAGGCACCAGCACCACCAACAGAUCAUCCACAAUGGGAUCUAAGUGAAUCGGAACAUGAAAACAAUGAUCAACCAGAAAAUUAUGACGACUAUACGACUGAUACUUCUGAUGAAGAAGAUUCCGAGUAAACUAGAAUUGUUUUGGACAAAGAACCCACCACCACCACCAC